CGCUUCCGGGGACAGGCGCCGGCUCACUUCCGGUAUCCCCCUUCCGCGACUUCGGCACGCCGCCAUCACCAACCGUGACCGGAAGGGGAAGAAUCCAGGACCUUCCCAAGCACUUCGAGCACUUUGCCCGACGGCGAGAUGGAGGCGGCCCUUGAGGUGACAGCACGAUAUUGCGGUCCGGAGAUGGAGCGUUAUGUCCAGUGCGUAGUUGACAAUCCGCAGUCCUGGAAUAAGGAUUGCCACCACCUCAAGAUGAGCGUCGCUCAGUGCGCCUCCUCCCACCCCAUCAUUCGUCAGAUCCGUCAGGACUGUGCCGAACCUUUUCAAGACUUUGACCUGUGUCUCCGAAAAAAUGAAGCUAAUAUGCACAACUGCACUGAGCAUAUGCGGAGAUUCCUGCAGUGUGUUGAACAAGUACAGCUGCCCACCAAGGUGGGCAUCGGGAAAUUCUGGGAGGGAAUAUUCUGGGUUCUGCCACCAGGCCUUAAAUUAGGCCUUGGCAGAAAAGGACAGAUAAGUGACCAGCAUUGUUUUCCUCUACAGCCAAACCCCCUCCAGUGAGCACUUUUUUCUUGUGGCACAGGAAUAUUGAGCAUGUGAUUGCAGGAUUUUCCCCAAAGGUACUCUGGACAGGACUUGGCCACUGAUGGGAGUGCUGAACCUCCAUUCCCCACCAACCAAAUACACAUUUGUGCAAUGCUCCAGGUUCAAAAACUUCUCCUCUGCCUUAACCUGAGGUUAGUCACCCUCUUUGCUCAAGGGUAACUGCAUAAAAGGACAAACAGGUCUUAUUUUUUAAUUUAUGAAUUGGUACUUGAGGACUCUUUUAUUUUGAAAAAUCAAAACGGAAAGAGUAUUCACUAUGAAGAGUUACUGGACCUAGCCUCAGUUCAAGAGCAUAAGAUUGUCUUCUGAUCCCAUAACCAGCUGUUCCCAAAAUUGGAAACUAAAUUGGAUUGGGAAUAUCCUUAUGUUUUCUCCCCUGUUCCCUCCCCUUCAGACUACAUAUUAGGGUGAAGUAAAAUGUGAAAGCGAAAAAAAGCAAAGUUCAGAGGUAUAACAAUAAAACACAAAAACUGGAUUUUGGAAUAA